AUGGCUCGGGCGGCCGAGCAGCACAGCGAGGAAUCGCAACCGCUCACCAGCGCCGGCGAGCGGAGCGAUUCGUUUGACGAAGACAGGCGACCAUCUAGAUCAUCGGCAUCAACCACAUCCUUCAUCCUGGAACAUGCAUCGGACAAUGCGGCAAUAAGAGCAAAGGAAGCUCUCUACACAGACAUUUCAGCACCAGAAGAGCUAGAGUUGGAAGAUCAGGUCGCCUGGCAAAGAGCGAGUAAAUCUGCUGAUAAGAAAGCUCGGCGAGUGCUGUAUAUGCUCGUCGCCAUUGGUGUGGUGGGAUGGGUCGCCGCAUUGUUUCUAUUCUUGGGCCAGGAUCGACAUGUACCACAUUCUGCAAGACCWCACGAUCCGCACGCGACGAGUACAACUGGAAAUGGCAAGAAGGUUACUUUCCAGCAAGUCCUCAAUGGCGAGUGGUAUCCAAGCACAYACGCAAUCAAGUGGAUUGCUGGUCCUGCUGGGGAAGAUGGAUUGUUGCUGGAGCGUGGCGGCGCGGACGGACGGGACUACUUGGUGGUAGAAGAUGUGCGGUAUCGGGGAGAGGACGUGACCACGCAGAAGAAGCACAGCACCACAUUGAUGAAGAACGGCUAUUUCCAAGUCGGCACCAUCAAUGUCAAUGUGCACGAGGCCUGGCCGAGCGCCGACCACAAGUACGUGCUCGUGCAGAGCGACUAUCAGAGCAAUUGGAGACACAGUAAUACGGGCAAGUAUUGGAUUUACAAUGUGGAAACGCAGACAGCGGAAGCUCUCGACCCGGAGAACAUUGAUGGAAGAAUUCAGCUUGCCUCGUGGAGUCCGAAGAGCGAUGCUGUCGUCUUCACUAGGGACAACAACAUGUUCAUCCGUCAUUUGAAUAGCAAGCGCGUCAAUACCAUCACCACGGACGGUGGAGAGAACCUGUUUUACGGAAUACCUGACUGGGUGUAUGAAGAGGAAGUUCUGGCAGAAGGCGGAGCAACAUGGUGGAGUGGUGAUGGAAAGUACGUGGCGUUCUUCAAGACCGAUGAGAGCAAAGUCCCGACCUUCCCUGUGCAGUAUUUCUUCAGCAGACCGAGCGGCAAGCAACCCGCUGCCGGCGAGGAGAACUACCCGGAGGUACGAAACAUCAAGUAUCCAAAGGCGGGCGCUCCCAUGUCUGUCGUGGACCUGCAGUUCUACGAUGUCGAGAAGGCGGAGAUGUUCUCCGUCCCGAUCAGUAGCGACUUUGCCAACGACGACCGGCUGAUUACCGAAGUCGUCUGGGCUGGUGAGACUGGCAAGGUGCUCAUCCGCUCCACUAACCGCGAGAGCGAUAUCUUGAAAACCAUCCUCAUUGACGCAAAUGCGCGAAAUGGUAAGACUGUUCGUGAACGAGACGUGCAGAAGCUGGACGGCGGCUGGUUGGAGGUAUCUCACACGACCAAAUUCGUUCCGGCGGAUCCCACGGCAGGACGGCCUGAAGAUGGUUACAUUGAUACUAUCAUUCAUGACAACUAUGAUCAUCUUGCUUAUUUUACCCCCUUGGACAACGACCAGCCCAAAUUGCUCACAUCGGGAGAAUGGGAGGUUGUAUCAGCACCAUCUAGUGUUGACCUUGAGAACAACAUCGUUUACUUCAUCGGAACCAAGGACGGUAGCACUCAGCGACAUUUAUACUCUACACACUUGRACAAAGGCCCGGAAAGCAUCGAAGCUGUCACGAACAACAAGGAGAUUGGCUACUACGACGCCUCAUUCUCCGCUCACAGCCAGUUCAUGCUGCUUUCCAAUAAAGGACCAGGUAUCCCGUGGCAGAAAGUCCAGUCUACGCCGACCAACACGGACGCAAAGCUCGACGUCUCGAUUGAAACAAAUGAGGGACUCAAGGAACUGGCACAGAAGACGGAAUUACCGAUCGAGAUCUACCAGACAGUGAAUGUGGAUGGCUUUGAGCUGAACGUCGUCGAAAGGCGACCUCCACAUUUCGAUCCGAAAAAGAAGUACCCAGUCCUAUUCUACUUGUAUAACGGCCCCGGCUUCCAACUAGUGGACCGAAAGUUCACCGUCGACUUUCAAUCAUACGUUGCGAGCUCGCUGGGUUACAUUGUUGUCAGUGUCGACGGCCGCGGGACCGGCUUUCUUGGCCGCAAGCACAGAUGUAUCGUUCGAGGCAACAUUGGGUACUGGGAAGCACACGACCAGAUUGCCGUUGCAAAGCAGUGGUCCGCAAAGAAUUAUGUCGAUUCUGAACGCAUGGCUAUCUGGGGCUGGAGUUACGGCGGCUUCAUGACUCUCAAGACCCUGGAAACGGACAAGGGACAGACCUUCAAGUAUGGAAUGGCUGUCGCUCCUGUGACUGACUGGAGGUUUUACGACUCCAUCUACACCGAGCGAUACAUGCACACUCCACAACACAACAAAGCGGGCUAUGACAACGCUACCAUCAGUGACAUGGACGGUUUGAGGGGCAAUGUUCGCUUCCUUGUGAUGCAUGGUGUGAGCGACGACAAUGUGCAUUUCCAGAAUACACUGCAGCUGUUGGAUCGUCUCGAUCAGUCGAAUGUGCGGAAMUAUGAUGUGCAUGUGUUCCCGGACAGCGAUCACAGCAUUUACUUCCAUAAUGCUAAUACUGUGGUCUACGAAAAACUGCGUGACUGGCUCACUAAUGCGUUUAAUGGCGAAUGGCUUCGGGUGGAUGAUCCCAAGCCGAUGAGGAUUGGGCAGUAA